AAGAUAUUUACACCCAAAACUGUCUUUUGGUUUGACUAAACAAUAACUAAAUAAACAACAUAUUAAUGUAUAAAAAGUAUUACUUAUAGAUUUUGUUUUAACUUGUGAUAAUUUUACAUAUUUUUAUUUUUCAUUUUUGCAAUGAAUUCUAUAAAAAAGCUUACUAGUCCUAUAUUCAUUAAUGUAAAGUUUACAUUACUGGUCACAAUUUUUUUAAAUUUCGCAUCAGCUGGAACACAAGAAGAAAAUAAAAUUCAAGGGAUUGAAUGGAUUCUAAAGCAACACAACGAGUGUGUAUACAGUAAUGAUAUGCUGAAAUUAUUAAAUAACAUUGAAACAAUGGAACAAAUCGAAAAUAAUGAAAGGAAAGGUUAUUACUUUGAAACUGAAGAUUUUGAACUUUUGACUAAAAGAUGCGGAGAAGACGCUGAUUGUAUGAAUAAGAAAUACAAGUCAUUAGUAAAGUAUAAUAAAAAAUUGGAAUCACUACAAUGUUUGAACGCAGCAAUAGUAAACUAUACGUUUACAAAUAUACAGUAUUUAAAAAAAGGUAAUACUAGUUAUCAUAACAUAACAGCGCGAAUGUUGUCUUUGUUAUACAAUGCCAAGAUUCCAGCUCAUAACUGGCUGUGGUCUUUCUAUUUACGAAUGGAGCCAAAUAAUGGUAGAGAGUUACCAGGUCUUGAUAAAUAUUUCCCCGAAAUACGUCUUCAAGACGAUCUUAUUAAGCAUUUAGAUUAUUGUCGCACAUAUAAAUAUUUAUCAGUAAACUUGGGAAAAGAAGCUGGUGAAUUAAAAUUUGAAAAAGAUAAACUAAAAAGACUCUGUCGACAAAUAUAUAAUAACAAUAGUAGUGAUGACGCGUAUUUAUUAAGUAUAUAUUCAGGAGUUGAUCAAUUACAAACACGCAACUUUGCAUUGUCUAAUGUAAAUGAACACAAAGGCUUUUUGUUUAAAAAAAUUGAAAAAAUUGAUUUGAAUUGGGAAACUACGAAACUGAUGUUGAAUACAGAAAAAUCAACAAUUAUUAAUCAAUUGUAUGGUAUUGAAGGAUAUUAUAAAAUUUUGGCUCAGGUAGUCAAAGUUAAUGUAUUAUACUUGAUCUGGAGACAUUUUGUAAUCGUGCAAAAGAGUCUUGAGCGAUCUUUUGAAGACCCUGCUUUUAUUCAUUCAUGUCGAAAAAUUUCAUUGUUUAAAAAUUCUCUAAAAAAAUCAAUGAAUACAAUUUUUGAAAUUUUGGGUGUCGAAGAUGUUGUACUAAAUAAUAUUUAUCAUAUUCUUAUGGUAGAAAUUGCAGACUUGGAUUUUAAUAAAAUUUUUAAUAGAAAAUUAGAAUGGAUGAAUAGAGAUUUAAAAAAUAUAAUUUUAGAAGAUUUAUUAAAUCUUGAAAUAUCAACUUAUCAGGCCCAAGCUUUGUUAAAUAUUAAAACAUUGCCAUUUAUUGUUAGCCAAACUGAUUUAAACACAUCACAAUAUUCAGAACACCUUGACCAACUUGAUGAGUAUUUAAAUGGAAUCAAAUUAGUUUUUCCAUCUUUUCCUCUGUUGGAAUAUUUUAUAAAUGGAUAUUCCUCUCUAGAGAAAACAUUCUUUAUGUAUAUAUAACACAAAAAAGUUUUUAAAUGUCUUUCAAUAUACUUCUUUAAAACUGAAAAUUUUAUUUUAUAUAUUACUCUUCCCAUUUACAUAAAGUGAUGAUGCUUAAAAAUAACUGUUAAAUUCUAGAAAAAUAUUGUAUUAUUGUCUUAGUACAAAUAUUAUUUAAUAGUAUUUUAAUCUAAUUGAGAUUCAUUCAAUUCUUUUUUAAUUAUUAUAUCUUAUGUACCAUGU